AUGGCUGAGGCUAUGCGUGAAAUGGCGGCUGCUAUAGUUCAAAAAAUUGUCCGUUUAGGAGAUAGAAAUGGCAAGCGUAAUGGGUCUGGCAGUCGGGUACAUACGGAGAAUGGUAAACCCACCCAAGUUCAAGGGAACGCUUGUGGCAAUCGAGGCAGGCAACUGGUUUCAAGGGAUAGAGAAGUUGUUGAGAGCACAGCAAGUACCCGAGGUACAUUUGUUGAGUUCGCAACAUAUAUGUUGGAAGGAGAGGCUGAGCACUGGUGGUAUGGAGUGCAGAUGUUGUGGCGGCAAGACACAAGGGAGAUUUUUUGGGAAGAUUUCAAGGAGGAGUUUUAUAUGGAAUACUUCCCAAAGUCUGUUUGUGAAACUAAGGAGAUGAAGUUGAUGCAACUGAGUGAAGGAAACAUGUCAAUAGCUGAAUAUACUCGGAAGUUCAAAGAUCUGUGUCAUUUUUAG